GAGGCGGGGGGUUCGGAUCCCGCGGACUGCUGCAGGCGCGCGCGGAGGCCAGGGGGCUAUGACGAGUGCGGCUCUGAGCCGCUCCCUGGAGCGCCUGAGGCGGCGCUACCUGCGCGGGGACCCGGGACCCGUGGGGGAUUGUCUUUCAGGUGCAUUACAGACCAAAUCUAAGAGUGAGAAUUCCCCAACGUACACAGGUAACCUGGACAGUUUGUUGGAUAAUACAGUUAUUUCUUUGUCCAUAAAUGCUUCACAAUCAAAAUCUUCUCAAAUAGGAAGAAAGUACUACACCAAACCUUUUGACGAUUUGUGUAAGAAGUUUAAAAAUUUGGAUUGCUUUGAUGAUGAACUAAAUUAUCUUCAUGAUUCAAGUCAGCUAGAACUAGAAGAAGAGGAUAUUGUAAAUGUUUAUGGAAAUGAUGUAAUUAAAAAUACAGCCAUGCACGCAGAAACAGAUGUCACCUUACCAUCUAAUUUGGCAGCAAAUACAGUCACAGGUAGUGAUUACAAUACCAGCAGUGAUCUAGGAAGGAAGACUCGGAGCAGGCCAGAGACUAAAGCAUUGAGUGGUCAGAGCUUGAUACCAUCUCAUAUCAAACAGAUUUAUCAGGAGUUAUUUGUUAUACAUCAAAAACUGCAGCAAGAAAAUUCAGCACAACAGGAAUACGCUCUGCAGCUUCAGAAGCGAGAACAGUUUUUAGCUGAACGAGAAGCAUUGCUUUUCAGACAUGAAGCUGCUUUGACUAAGAUAAGGGGUGUUGAGGAAGAAGUCCAUGCAAAAUUUCAAAUGAUAAAGGAGCAAUAUGAGACAGAAGUUAAACAGCUGUCAGAUGCAUUGAGAGAGAAGACUAAAGAAAACAAGAGGCUCAAAUCAUCAUUUGACACUUUGAAGGAAAUGAAUGACUCCUUAAGAAAACAGUUAAGUGAUGCUAGUGAGCAGAACAAGAAGUUGGAAGUCGAAGCAAGAAAAGUUCAAGCCCGGUUAGAGAAUUUACAAAGAAAGCAUGAGUUUUUGGUAAUACAGAAGUCAAAAGAUGUUUCUCAAGCAGUGCAACAAAGUAAACCUGUCAAGCAGGAAAAAACGGUAUCAACAUCAAAAAUUGCUAAGGUACCACUUAAUUUGCAUGUUUAUGACCUGUUAACUGUUCUUAUGGAUUGGAUCUCAGAUCAGUACCUCAGUAAAAUGAAAGCUGAGGAAGAAAGAGAAAACAGUCACAAAGUGAUGUGCACCUCCCAAAAAAAUUACACACAAGAGAAAUGUGCAAAGCUCCUACCUAUGGUUGCCGAGCAACUUCAGUGGAUGCCAUUUGUAAAUCCUCAACUGCAUAGGUCUGUGAUUAAAUUUAUUUACUGGGCUCUACGGCAGCUAGACAGUGGGACACAGCAUGCAACUAUGACAUCAACAAUGAGGAGACUUGGUGAAGACAUAUUCAGAGGAAUAAUAAGUAAGGGAAAUCAGCAUAAUUCUUCUGAACAACCUACUGACAAUAAACCAAAGUCAGCUGCUUUCUUUAAGAGUUCCAUUUUGCCUUUGAGAUUUGUGUCAACUUUAAUAGUACUCAAAACAGUAACACAAGCUGAUUACCUGGCUCAGGCAUUUGAUUCCCUUUGCAUGGACUUGAAGACAGAUGAAGGGAAGACCAUAUUUUUGGAGUACCAAUCUGUGCCUGUCAUAUUAAGUCACUUAAAAAUAUCCAGUAGAGGUCUGCUUUCCAAUGCUCUUGAUGCCUUACUUCAGAUGACAAUGGAAUCUGGUUUCUUGCAACCUUUCCUGGAAGCCUGUAGUAACGAGUCCUUUUUCCGUACUUGCUCUGUGUUGCUUCGAAACCCUAAACUAGAUCUUCAGAUACUGGAAAAACUCAGCAUUUUACUGCAAAAGCUCUCCAGAAUCAAAAGUAAUAAGAAGAUGUUUGAACUAUUUACUCUUCACCUAAUGAUCCAAGAGCUGCAGAGGACAACACAUCCAGAUCAUGCUUUUCUCUCUAUUAACCUCAAUUCAAUUCUUUUUAAUUUGGGCUUAACAAAGAGCAACUCCCUUGUCUCCAGUCUAAACACAAGUCACUAAUUAACCAUAUUUUACUGUGAAUUAUUUUGUAUUGAUAUUUGUUCAGUCUUUUGCUAGUUAUAAAAAAUAGGCUAGCUAACAAGGACAUCAGGAUUUUAUUUACUAUUCAAUGUGUAGUUUAUGACUUACAACAUAUUACCUUCAUAUGAACUCAUGAAAAUGGAAAGUAGUACAUUUCAAAAUACUGUUUGUUCAAUUUAGCUGAAAUUUUGCUCUAGAUUUCAGUGGCCUGUACUGUCCUACUCAUUCACCCCAAGCAGCACCAUCUCCACAAGGAGACUUCUAGUAUUAGCCUUCCUCAGUGAUGUAAAGUUAAUUAUUCCUUUUAAUCUUCAAAGUGUUUUACGGGUAUUUAUUAUAAUUAUCACAUAAUAGAGAAACAUUAGUAUUUUCAUAAGUAUAUAUCAGAAAGAUGAUUGUUUUGAUUAUUGAAGCCAAAUUUUGGUAAAAUUAAACAUGCUACAGAUGUGUAUGAUUUGAUGUGCAUUGAAUAAAAGCCUCUGUGAUUCCAAUA